AAGUUUAGAUGUACAUUCAUUUCCGAAUGAUACAGUUGGACAAGUUACAACUGUUGCUCGCAUAUUAGCUUGUUUAUUGAUCUUAGGUAAAAUGUGAGUACGUGAAAUCUGGUAAUUCGAUAUUUCAUUCGAGUGGUGGACCUCCUAUGAACGUUACUUAAAACACUAUAUCGGCGACUAGUGUCCCAAGCGUAUGUCUCCGAGUGGACGGCAUCCCCUUAAAGGCAGAGCCGAAAAAGAAGGCUGAAAAUAUUCCAGGAGUGCGAGUUCUAAUAAUAAAUAAUGUGUCAUCUAUUCAGCCAAGGAUUGGACAAAAUUGCAGAAAAAACAAGCACUUCUAGUGGCACACUUCCCCAGAGAAUAGUGUUCCCCAGCAGAUGGCGGUGGCCGAGGUUUUUUAAGUUCUGAUAUACGGAAUAACGAGUAUGGCGACCAGUUCUCGUUGGUGUAAAGUUUACCUGUUGAUAAUCGAAUCGAAUUCAGUCCGUAGGAGAACCAUAGAAUUACUUGGACUAUAACGAGGCGAACCGCCUCCGGCAAACUCCUCGUUCGACACCCUAUUCUGUUCUAAUGAGGUGGUUAACACUUUCAUACAGAACAAGUGUAACCAAACGAUGCACCAGAAUCUCAAGAGUACGAAAAUUAGGAGAGAAGUGCUGUCAUUGCUUGCACAUCUAGCAUAAGUUGCCGGACGAUGGUUUUCAGCGUCACAAAUGCUCUGUGAUGGACCUGAUAGUUAAGGAUUCGCCAGUGUUUUCAUUCACGUUCACAGAGAUAAAUAAAAAUGUAAUGUAAAUCUCUCUGUUUACCCGCGGCAAUUAACACCCUCUGUAUUCUUUGGAGAAGAACAUUUGGAAAAUUUCAUAUCAGAGAAUGGCAAUUCGCAUCACAUUAGAAUGCGGCCACUCAUCCACAUUACGUAUGCGCACCACAUCCCAGGGUUACACUCAUGAUUGGGAAGUAUUCGUGCGGGGUGUUGAUAACGCUGACAUACAUCAUUAUGUUGAGAAAGUGGUUUUUCAACUGCACGAAACAUUUUCAAAACCAAAGAGGGUAUUAAAAGAACCACCGUUCGAGAUAAGAGAGUCCGGUUAUGCUGGCUUCGAAAUUCCCAUUCAUAUCUAUUUGAAAAACAAAGAUGAGGGAACCAAAAAGAUUGAACUUUUGUACGAUCUCCACUUACAGACCAGUGGCCCUGCUAUCACGAAUGUGAUGCGGCACACUGAAAUCUUAAACAACCCCUCUGAUGAGUUUAGGAGGAAAUUACUGAAGGGUGGUGGUGUCGUAGUGUCGAAUUCCGAGAGUUCAGCCGAGAAAAGCGAAAGCAAAACACCAGCUAUGGUCGGCAAACCAAAAUUGAGCGGGAGCGAGACGAAAAAGCACAAAACCGUCGAGUCAAAGACAUCGAACUCGUUCGCUGAACUGUUCGGAACGCCCUUAAAGCCCACGAAAGUAUCCCAAGACACGAAAAAGCCAGCACAGCCGGAGAAAUCAUCCUCUAGUCCCGGCAAUAAAAGUCAUUCAAGCCCCUCGAACAAACGACCCCCGUCCCCGGUCGCCGUAAAGAGACCGGCCAGCCCCUCUUCCCUUCCUCCCGCGAAAAGACCCGCCUCCCCGAAAUCCAAGGAGAAAGAGUUGAAGAAGCUCACCUCCGACAAGGAGAAGGAAAAGGAGAAGGAGAAGGAGAAGGAGAAGGAGAAAGAGAAGGAGAAAGAGAAGGAGAAGGAGAAGGAGAAGGAAAAGGAGAAGGAGAAGGAGAAGGAGAAGAGCAAGGAGAAAGACAAAGCGAAGGAUAGUUCGAAGAGCGUCGCGGACUCCUCGAAGAGCGAGAAGAAAAAGGACAAGAAGAAGCACAAAGAGGACAGAGACAAGGAAAGGAAAGACAAGUACAAAGAGGGAGAACGGUCCGCCUCGAAGGAGGCGAUAAAAGUCACCGAGAAGAAGGGCGAGAAACCGGAGAAGACCGACAAGGCCGAGAAGGCAGAGAAAGAGAAGAGCCAAGAGUACAAAUCGGCGAAGGACGGCAGGAAAUCGCCGAAGCCUCCGAAGGAGACUGAGAAACCAAAGGACGAGAAACUGCCGAAGACAGAGAAACCGGAAAAGACCGAGAAAUCGGAGAAACCGAAAGAUGGCAAGACCGAGAAGGACAGGCAGAAGCACAAGCACCGGAAGAGGGACAAGAAGGACAAGCGGGACGGCAGCAAAGAGCGAGAUAAAAAAGAGAAACGGGACAGGAUAAAGUCCUCCUCGGAGAAACAGAACAGCGUGCCCAACGUGCCGGUGGCCACUCCGCUGUCCUCCCUUCUGGCCGAGCUGCCGGAAAGGGACAGCAGCGAUUCCGCGCCCUCCGUGGACGACGACUCGUUCUCGGAGCCGAAACUAGUGCCUGCGAUCAAGAAGGAGAAUCAGACGGAGAAUCCGACGGUGGCCACGCCGCCCGCGGAAAUGGCGAAGCCGGUCUCGCCAGCGACGCCGGAGAUCAAGAAGGAGAAGGUCGAUCGGAACAAGAGGGAGAAGCCGAAGGGCAGCAAGGCCGAGGAGAAGGAGAUCCGCAAACGGAAACGGCGGAGCGAGAGCAAGGGGGACGAGGAGCAUCUGGUCAAAAGGGAGAAGGACAGAGGUCACUCGACGUCGCCUCCCCUGGAGCCUGUCUCCUCGAGUCAGUCGCCGGUGGCCGUCGACCAGGACCAGGUGCACGUCGCCAAGGAGAAGGAGGACCGCGCUGCGACCGAACAGGUCGCGGAGAAGAACGCGGAGGUCGAAGCGGAGCAGGUCGCCCCCGACUCGACGAACAGCACCCUGGUCGACUCGGAGAUGGGCGAGCCGCCGGUCUUCUCCGAGGACUACGUUUCCCAGUUGAAAGACUUGCAGCAAAAGAUCAUGACCCUGCAGGACAACCAGGAGCUGCAGAGAGUCGUCCAAGUGAUCGCGGAGACCGGCCAGUACGAGAUCACCAAGAAGACGUUCGACUUUGAUUUGUGCGCCUUGGAUCGUAGAACGGUGCAGCGCCUCCAGCAGUUCUUCGCGUCGUGACCGUCCGUAGCAUAAAAACCACGCACGGCGUCUCGUCUCGUCUCGUCUCGUCUCGUCUCGUCUCGUCUCGUCUCGUCUCGCCUCGCCUCACCUCGUUUCAUUUUACAUAUUAUUAUUCCAUGUAUAAGUCCACUAAGUUAUUUGAGCUUGCAAGAGAGAUUCUUUCACAUGAAUAUAACGAAGAGAGAGAUAGUAAUAUAUAAGACCCCAGGAGAACGCCGCGGACACACACACAAUCUCCACGGCGAAGCGGAUGGAAGACCGGGUUUAGUAAUCUGAGUGCGUGCUCGAGUCUUCAUGUACUUUCGUUUUCCUUUUAAUUUUCCAACCUUUUCUUUCUCUUUCUCUUUCUUUCUCUCUUUUUCUUUCUCUUUCUCUUUCUCUUUCUCCUCUUCGUCCUCGCCCUGGUCCUCGUCCUGGUCCUCGUCCUCGUCCUCGUCCUCGUCCUCGUCCUCGUCCUCGUCCUCGUCCUCGUCCUCGUCCUCGUCCUCGUCCUCGUCCUCGUCCUCGUCCUCGUCCUCGUUCUCGUUCGAGUCCGGUUGAUUUCCGGCGACGCGAUCGCGCCAAGUUUUCGCGCGUCCGAGGGAAAUCGACGAGCGACCACGGGGCAGGAGAGAAAGGAAAGGUAGACGAGAGACACGAUGUUAUCGCGUUGCUUUUAACGAACACCAGGUCCUUCGUCCUCGUCAACGGGAUCAGCCUAUUUUGUUACACAAUUUUUACACGUUUUCCAGCACUUGUUACUUUUUACGUUAAUUUUGUACAUAGGUGAUAUUAUACAUACAAUCUGUAUAAAAAGAAAAAAAUGAUAAGAGAAGCACAGAUCGGGGAAUUGUACAUUUUCGCAAUCGUCGUGUAACAUAGGGAAUUUUUACCGUUUUUUCUCUGGGGAACAUUCUCGGAAUGGUCUACAGUGCAUUUACCCACUGUUAUGUAGACUCGAAGCGUAUUGAUUUUUUCUUGUACAUUGAUUAACCAUUAAAAAGAAAAAAAGGAAAAACAGAGAAAAGUAGAAAAAAAGGAGACAGUGCAUAUGCAUAAGGGAAAAAAAGCGAUAAAAAGUGGAAAACCAGAAAAACUAUAAGCGAUAAACGAGAAACGAAAAACGAAAAACGAAAAACGAAAAACGGAAGAAGAAAGUUACUCUGACUUUUUACGGUGUGAUCGGGGGGUCGUUCGCGAGCAACAAUUCCGCGCAUCGCCAUUGCCUUGUAACAUAGAUAUAUUCUUGAUAUCUUCGCGAGGAAUUUAACGUACGGUUAGGGUUCAUCUUCUGAAAUCGAGACACGAUCCUGUAUUUAUUCGUAUUUUCAUAACGCGUCCGUCAUUUAAAU